GAAUGCAACUGGUGCUUCUUGUUCCGCAGCAACAAUGGCUACUAGCUGUCACAUAUGGAGACCAGACCGAGGACGGAGCUGCAAACACUAUGGAAUAUUUGUCAUCUUGUUUAUGGAUUUGUUUUUACAGUGCGUAAAUGGAUACCUGAGUUCUCCUCAUAUUGACCAAGAACCUCCUUACGCAAGAGACGCCCAGCAUGGAACUAUCAUCACCAGCCCGGUGAUCCCAGCUGUAGCCUCUGUUUCCCCAACAGAUGAGGACAGCUACACCUCUAAAUGUCCAAGUGGAGGUUUGUGUGAUCGCCUGCCAGCCAGUUGCAUUCAGUGCAAUUUCCAACACAACUGCACUUACGGGAAACCGGCAUCUUUCACAUGUAAACCCAAGAAAGGCGUUCACUGCGUAGGAAAGUCAGGAGAGCAGCAGAGUAACUUCACUCUCUCCAUCACCUGUCAGUUCUGCUGGCAGCUGGACCCAUCUGAGUACCGCUGCUCAAACUCCACCAACUGUAUGACGGUGUCCUGUCCCCGCAAGCGCUACAACGCCACCUGUGACGUCUUAGACCAUGUGCAUUGUUUAGGAAAAAGGCGGUUUCAGAAGCGUUUGUUCUGUAACUGGACCGGUGGAUACAAAUGGUCAACAGCACUCGCACUCAGCAUCACUCUCGGCGGUUUUGGGGCAGACAGGUUUUAUCUGGGCCAGUGGAGAGAGGGUCUGGGCAAGCUAUUCAGCUUUGGAGGCCUGGGUAUUUGGACGCUGAUAGAUGUUCUUCUGAUUGGGGUCGGCUAUGUGGGACCUGCCGACGGCUCCCUCUACAUCUGAAGCAGCGCUCCCCUAGGGAAAGUUGCUGUCUGCAACCCCUUCCGCCUCACACUACUUUGCUCGCAAAAGAUCGAAGAUCUGAGAUGCCGUGUUCUUAGCACGUUUGCCUGUCCAGCACAUCGACACGUCCUCAUCCCAUCUGCUAAGGAGCAGGAAGUGUUUUCCCCGUCAAGCCAGCAAUGAUUCUGCCUACAGAACCAGCAUGCUCAGUUCCAAUCGCUCUGCGUCCGAGUCCUGUUGAGAUUGGGCAGAUGGGUCUGCGCAGGAGGACGAAGAGCCGCCGUUUAUGUGCAUCCAGUUGGUUUGACUUAACCGGCAGUUUCACUCCAGCAUGCUCAUCUUUGGCUUCCUGUGGAGCGCUUCUUUCACAGACAUCCUGUCACCUUACGCCACUCAUUGCUCCUACUUUAUUGCAAGGUAGAUGCAUCAAUGUGGGUCAAAUGGUUGCCAUGGCUGCAGUUCUUUAUAUGGUUACGUCACUCACAGAAGACUGGUUGAAGGUAAUAUUUAUGUUCUUAAAGCAUGAAUGUGCUUUGACGGAGUACUGUAAUGUGAUAUUUUUUCCUGAAAACAGCCAGUCUCCUAAAAAAAAAAAAAGUAAGUUAUUUUCCAUUGAUUUCUUUUUUCCCCUCUGAAAUAAGGCAACUGUAAGGAUAUUGGCCCCAGGGGUUACAUAGUUAUUAAUUAUUAUAGAUUUUAACUAUCAUACAGUCUUUUGAAAUUUAGUUUCAGAUAGAAAAAGAGAAAAGAUAUGCAGCAUCCUUCACUUGCUUCAGCUGUAUAAUCACGUUUUUUGAACGCAACAAUAUUACAGCAACAUAUGUUGGUUCAUGGUAAAUAACCGAAACACUUCAAAGAUGUGUUGUAGUUGCAACACAUCUUGCAUUUUGUGGUUUUCCUGUAGAGAUAUUUGAGAUUUUCUCUCCAUCCUACUGGCAAUCUUUGUCAAACACUAUUAACUGUAAAAAAAUUUGUUUUUGUUUCUGUUUGCGACUAACAGCAUUAUGUUCUUGUAUGUUUCAUUGAAUGUUUUUCUCUGCUGUGACUGUAAAUGAUGUUUUCUUUGUAAGUUAUGUAAAUAAAAUCCUAUUAUACUCUU